CCUCAUGAUAUCACUGGUUUUAAAGUUUGGUGGGUUCUAAAUGUUAUUUUUCUGCAAAAAGAAAAGUUGACCUUUCAGCUUGGUUGACAACCAAAAAAUGGAAUUAGACAUGAGAGGGAGGGGAUGUGGUAGGUGGAUAUAAAUUCAGAAUUGACCUUACUUAGAAGAUUCUGAGUGUGAAUGGGCUGUGGAAGUAUGUGUGUAUGUCUUUAAAAGAUUCUCCACCUCCCAGCCCGCCUCCUUACAGUUUGCCACUAGUUUCUUCAGUCCACAUCAGGAGCUAACAUGGGCACCCACAUUUGAUAUUUUGGAAGUAGGUUUGUUGCCUUGGAGCCCAUAUUCUGACUCUUUGCAGCUGAGGAAUGCAAAGGUACCCAUUUGUUUUUCAUUUCAAAGAUCUGGCAAAAAGAUAGGCUGCUGCUCCUCUUCUGGAAAAGCCUGAUUGGUAGGUUUCCUUUUAAGGGCUCAGCCCCGAAGAAGUGUUUUAUCCCAUCCCCUCGCCAACGUGAAAACUAAAAGCUCGACAAGAUCCUCUGGAGGUAAACUUGCCGGGCUCCGUCAUUUCACACAAAUGGCUAAUCCCGGAGGUAGUGCUGUUUGCAACGGGAGUCUUCACGAUCAGGAGAAACAGAGCAAUGGCUCACAUAGUGGAAACUGCAGGAGGAAUGGGAUCUCAAAAGAAGCCCAGCAAAAUGGAAAGCCACAUUUCUAUAAGCCAAUUGUUGAAUCCUUUGAGGAAGCACCUCUUCACGUUAUGGUUUUCACUUACAUGGGAUACGCACUUGGAACCCUGUUUGGCUAUUUCAGAGACUUUUUGAGAAACUGGGGAAUAGAAAAAUGCAAAGCAGCUGCAGAGCGAAAAGAACAAAAAGAUUUUGUGCCACUCUAUCUAGACUUUGAGAAUUUUUUCAAGCGGAACAUAUACGUGCGAAUCAGAGACAACUGGAACCGGCCUAUCUGCAGCAGCCCAGCGUCUCGGUUCGAUAUAAUGGAGAGGGUGUCAGAUGACUACAACUGGACAUUUAGGUUUACUGGAAAGAUCAUCAAAGAUGUCAUCAAUAUGGGCUCCUAUAACUUCCUUGGCCUUGGAGUCAAGUACAAUGAAUCUAUGAGGACAGUAAAGGAUGUUUUAGAGGCAUAUGGCGUGGGCGUGGCCAGCACCAGACAGGAGAUGGGUACCUUGGAUAAGCACAAAGAGCUGGAGGACCUUGUGGCUAAGUUCCUGAACGUAGAAGCAGCUAUGGUCUUUGGGAUGGGAUUUGCAACUAACUCAAUGAAUAUCCCUGCACUAGUUGGAAAGGGAUGCCUCAUUUUAAGUGAUGAGCUGAACCACACAUCUCUUGUUCUUGGGGCCCGACUCUCAGGUGCAACCAUACGGGUCUUCAAACACAACAACACAAAAAAUCUAGAGAAGCUCCUGAGAGAUGCAGUAAUCUACGGCCAGCCACGAACCCACAGAGCUUGGAAAAAGAUUCUCAUCCUGGUGGAGGGCAUCUACAGCAUGGAAGGUUCCAUUGUGCACCUGCCCCAGAUUGUGGCUCUGAAGAAUAAAUACAAGGCUUACCUCUACAUAGACGAGGCUCACAGCAUUGGGACCAUGGGCCCCACCGGCCGGGGUGUCGUGGAAUUCUUUGGAAUGGACCCUCGUGAUGUUGAUGUGUUGAUGGGCACUUUCAGCAAAAGCUUUGGAAGCUCAGGAGGCUACAUAGCUGGAAGGAAGGACCUCGUGGAUUACUUACGGGUUAACUCACAUAGCGCUGUUUACGCCACAUCUAUGAGUCCCCCAGUAUCAGAGCAAAUCAUCAGAUCGAUUAAAUUCCUCAUGGGAAUGGAUGGGACCACACAAGGAACGCAGAGAGUACAACAACUUGCAAAAAACACGAGAUACUUCAGACAGAGGCUAAAACAAAUGGGAUUCAUUGUUUAUGGCAAUGAGGAGUCUCCUGUUGUUCCCCUGCUCCUUUAUAUGCCUGGCAAAAUAGCGGCUUUUGCAAGGCUUCUGUUAAAGAAAAAGAUUGGGGUGGUGGUCGUUGGGUUUCCAGCCACUCCCCUUACAGGAGCUCGGGCACGGUUUUGUGUUUCGGCAGCACAUACACGAGAGGAUUUAGACACAGUCUUGGAAGCUAUUGAUGAGAUUGGUGAUCUCUUGCAACUGAAAUAUUCCCGGCGCAGGAAGUCAGCACACCCUGCGCUAGAUGAGACAAGCGUUGAACUUGACGAUUAAGUCUGCCGUUCCUGAAUGGAGCAUAAAGACUUUGCUGGAAAGACCUCCCUUGUUGCCUCAAAAAGAAUAUAAAUGAGUGUCAUGGAUUGAACUG